GAAGUUUUGCUUGGACGAAAUGUAAUAAGGCAAAGUAAAAGCAGUUGGUUCUGAUCUUCACUUCAAGAGGAGAUUAUGCUUCCUGCCUUUCUACUUAUGUCCAUGGCUAUCUUGGGAUCUACCACCAUUAUGGGAAUCAUAUCAAACUGUAUAAUAUUAUCUGUAAAUCUUGUUGAAAAAAUGAGAGGAAAGAAUCUUGGUUCUUCAGAUCUUAUCCUGGUAACACUUGGAAUAUCGAAUAUCACUUUCCAAUUUGUAAUGACAGCCAAUGACUUCUUAAGCUUUCUCUGGAGUGAUUUGUACUUCUCAGACAAAGUCUAUUCUAUUAUCAAUGCAUUACUUUUCUUCCCUAUUUUUUCAAGUUUUUGGUUCACGGUCUGUCUUUGUGUCUACUACUGUUUACAGAUUGUUAUAUUCACCAAUUCUUUCUUAAUGCGUCUAAAACUGGGUAUCGCCACAUUGGUUCCAUUCUUCCUUGUGACCUCAGUCCUCAUUUCUGUAGCUAUCAGUGUCCCUGCUAUCUGGAGCACUCACAGAGACCCAUUUAAUGGAAAUGUAUCUAGCAAUGAAACAUUUGAAAGUGAUUUCCCCAAGUUGAGUAUCUCAUACCUACUUCCUAGUAAUAUAAUUGGCUGUUCACUGCCAUUAGUGCUUGUCGCUAUAUCUAACGGUCUAAUACUUAGAUCACUUAAGUCCCCCAGUAAUAUGAUAGAGAAAACAAACAAUAGUCAGAGCCCUCGAGCAGAAGCCAGACAAAGAGCAGCCCGAACUGUUGGUAGUCUUCUUCUACUCUACAUGUCCUUCUACAUUUCUGAGAUCAUGAUGUUUGUGGAUCUAUUCCCACCCAGUAGCCCUGGAUUCUGUGCCUGCUUAAUGAUUAUUUAUACUUACUCUCCUGCACAAUCUAUUAUACUCAUCCUUGGAAGUCCUAAGCUUAAAAAAGUAUUAUUGAGCUUACUACGACUUCAUGAGAAACUGAGCAGUGAGGAGCCGGAACCACCAAACAUUCUUUUUAUUAAACUCAACAUUCAGAAAACUGUGAAGGAUCUAAGAAAGUCAUAA